AUGAUAGAAGAGAGAAGGGUUGGAAGUAUGAGAGAGGAGAGAAGGGUUGGAAGUAUGAUAGAAGAUAGAAGUGUUGGAAGUAUGAGAGAGGAGAGAAGGGUUGGAAGUAUGAUAGAAGAGAGAAGGGUUGGAAGUAUGAUAGAAGAGAGAAGGGUUGGAAGUAUGAUAGAAGAGAGAAGGGUUGGAAGUAUGAUAGAAGAGAGAAGGGUUGGAAGUAUGAUAGAAGAGAGAAGGGUUGGAAGUAUGAUAGAAGAGAGAAGGGUUGGAAGUAUGAUAGAAGAGAGAAGGGUUGGAAGUAUGAUAGANCUGUCUCUGGUAGGGGUGGGCGGGGGAAGGGUGGGGAUGAAGGGGCGGUGUAGAAAAGGGGCGUGGAUAAAAAGAUGGAUUUUGAACAGGUUCUCUAUUCAUUCGGAUUUCAUGAGUCUGAAUUAA